UUUCCGAGUGGUCUGGAAGGCAUCACCGGCUCCGCCUGAGUUGAAUCAGAGUCAGUGGAGACACCUGUGAGAGCAGCAGGUGCUCCCAGUGCGUCUGUUGUGAUCUGAAGGAAAGAAUACAGAUAACUGCAGCUUGGGUUCAUCACUGACGAGGUAAAUCAGGAGGAUGAGGUACUUUACGUCUAAUUUAGUCUUCACCACUGGGCUGAUUAUGGGAUUUCUUUCCCUUCGCUUCCUGAUGGACGCGCACUUCUCAGCAGAGAGAGUCGCAUAUGUCAUGAGGGCUGUCAAGCAUGAAGUCAGACACGAUUUACAGCAUGUGCAUACAGUUGAGAACAAGAGCUCCACAGCCAAUUCCUCCGACACAGUACGGAUCUUGUGCUGGAUCAUGACGGGCCCCAAGAACUUGCAAUCCCGCACCAAGCACAUCAAGGAAACAUGGGCCAAGCACUGCAACAAAGUGCUGUACAUGAGCUCCGUCAAGACCGACUUCCCCACCGUGGAGCUUAACGUGAGUGAAGGGAGGGAAAACCUGUACUGGAAGACCAUCCGCGCUUUUCAGUACAUCUACCAGCACCACCUGGACGAAGCAGACUGGUUCCUGAAAGCAGACGACGACACGUUUGUGGUCGUAGAGAAUCUACGCUACAUCUUGUCCAAAUACGAUACGGAAAAGCCGUUGUACUUGGGCAGAAGGUUUAAACCAUUCGUCAAGCAAGGCUACAUGAGUGGAGGAGCAGGGUAUGUCCUCAGUAAGGAGGCGCUGAGAAGAUUUAUCAAAGGGUUCGAUACUGGGAAGUGUACCCACUUCUCCACCAUAGAGGACAUGGCUCUGGGGAAGUGUAUGGAGACGAUGAAGGUGGAGCUGGCAGACUCCAGAGACGUGAAGGGGAGACAGACGUUUCAUCCUUAUCCUCCAGACCAUUACCUGGUCAGACAGCCCCCGAGAAAACGGCCGUGGUAUCUGAUUUACGACUACUACCGUCCAAUAGAGGGUCCAGGCUGCUGCGCAGAUUUUGUCGUGUCCUUCCACUACAUUAAAGCUGCCCAGCUGUAUGUGUUGGACUACCUGACGUACCAUCUGCGGCCAUAUGGAUACAAAUACAGAUUUAAUCCAGAUGAAAAAACUGAAUCAACCACCAUUACUAGGCCCACAUGAAAUGUUGGUGUGUGCACAACAACCUCUGCACUAACUGGAGGACGGGUUGGGGGUAUCAGCAGGUUCUAGAGCCAAGCUUAACUUAUUUAACACAAGAUAUUUAACUUUUUCAAACCAUAACUGUAACUUAAGGCUUUUCAGAUUUAAAGAUGUGUUGAUUCCUUCAACUCCCACAAAGGUCAGAUUUCUACUUUGAAAAGUGUCCAUGAUGUUUGGGGAUUUGUGUGUUUUACUAAGCUAUAACUUUGUGUGUAGGAAGAAAUGAAAUGUAAAGAACAUGCGUGCCUUUAAUCUGUCCUCCUUAUUUUUGUCUUUUACGACAGUGAAAUGUGGAGGAGCAUGCAGGGAGUAUCUUUAGCCACAUUCAGAAAAAAAUCUUAAAUGGCCGAUAGUAAAAAACAAAGCUGUUAAUGAUAAAGAGAAGAUUGGGUGAAGGCCAGUGAGAGCUGAUUUUUAAGAUUUAAAAAAUGAAAACAAAGCUGCAGUUUAUUCUACGCUAGCCACCAAAAUAAGAAUGUACUGUCAAAUGCACUGGCGCUAUACGGCAGUGUAGAAAAUCAGCAGCACUGUAGCUCUGUCCAGAUUGUUAGGUACAUUAUGUUCUGAAUAUUACACACUGUUGGUGUAUACAUUUCACUUUGUUGACAACAGUAUAUGAUUUCAAUGUGAAUUCAAGCUGAAGCUUUGCUGCAACAAUUUGCUGUGUAUUUAUUUUUCUUCUGUUAAAAACAAAUAGUGUGUUUUCUUCCACUUACCUGUCUUAUACUGUCUUACACAUUUUGUGAACUACACGUAUACACUGCCAGGAGUUCUGCUGCGAUCCACUGCAAGUCGGCAGUCGAUAAUUCUGUGUCUGUAUUUCAAACUUCCGAACUUAAUGAAUCCCAGUGCAUCUGCUUUAGAAAACAUGGACAUCCUCAGCAAACUGAUGUUUGCAUGCCAAGUCUGAGCUUCACAAGCUGCUACAGAGGACCCACAUAAAAUAUUACAACGCCAUUAAGAGAAAUGCUGUAAAAAAUAAGACAACGGGUGUGGAGUGUAAUAGUGUGAACAUCCACAGCCAAUAGCAGAAGUUGUAGACAUUUUUUUUGCAUCUGUUUUUUGCUGUUAAGAUUCACAAGACAAACACUACGUAACGUAAACCUGAUAAAAAGUAGCUAAUUUUUUUGUCCGAGUACGAUGAAUUGCAGCAUUUUAAAGAGGAUCAGUGCAACUCAAGUUUGGCGACUGCUUAGCUUUGUUUUGCAUAAAGACUGAAAACGGGAGGAAGCAGAUAGACUGGCUUUGUCCAAAGCUUGUCAAUUAGCACGUUAUAUCUCCUUUGUUAAUCCAUAGAGGUGUUAUCGGUGUCUACACUUCUAUUUUUGUAUGUGUUCUGAUAGUAGCUGUAUAUCUACAAGACACAUAUGACAGUGGCAUCAACUCACUGAUCUAACUCUUGGCAAGAAAGUGGAUAACGUCCUGGUGGAACCAACAUCUAGCCGGGGACUCUUUGUUGCCAGUCAUCCUCGCCUCUUUUUCCACUUGUAGCGCUCUACUGUCACUAAUAUGUCUGCAAUGGUUGAGACACAGCCAGAGGCUUUAGAUCAGCAGGACUGACGACCAUGUGUACCAGCUGUGUCUACUCAAAUAUCAAAUAUGUCAUAUAUCUGUGUUGCACUUUUGAAAGGGUAACUCAAAUGGACAAUCUUUAAGAAAUUAUAUUUUAUUUAUUGAAAAAGGGUUUACUCUGUUGAACUACCACGUUCUACGUUUACUAUUCCUUCUGGCACUUUUACAGUGUUAAACAAUAAAAUAUAUUUUACAGUCAA